AUGGCCUGUUCUGCUAUCCCAGAAAUAAAACGUGUGCUCCCUCAGGGCUCCAGCAGCUGGGAGGCGGCGGACCUGGGCAACGAGGAGCGGAAGCAGAAGUUCCUGCGGCUGAUGGGCGCUGGGAAGAAAGAACAUACUGGCCGCCUUGUUAUCGGAGACCACAGAUCAACCUCUCACUUCAGGACAGGGGAAGAAGACAAAAAAAUGAAUGAAGAACUGGAGUCUCAGUACCAACAGAGCAUGGAUAGCACGAUGUCUGGACGAAACCGGCGCCAUUGUGGACUUGGUUUCAGUGAGUUUCAGGAAAGUGAAGAACAGGACGAGGCGGCUGGACACUCCUCUGAUGAGAGUUCAGAGGACUCCGAAAGUGGCUCUGAGUCAGAGCAAGAUGAGUCUGCAGAGGAGCUACAGGCUGCUGAAAAACAUGAGGAAGCUGAGGUUGCAGAAAACAAAAAAGAAGCAAAAAGCAACUAUAAAAUGAUGUUUGUUAAAGCCAGUGGUUCAUAACUGCAGAUGUAACAGCUUUGUAUUUACAGUACAGUAAGCCUUAUUGUUACAGUGCAAAGUGGAAGACUGCUACAGCACAAAUCUUUGUAUUAUGAUUUUAAAAAGACCCCCUUAGAUGACAUGAAGUAGUAUUUGCUUUCAGUUGCCAUGGAUAACAUUUUUAUGGGCGCAGUGAUAUUACUGGUUUUUUUGUAAAGUGUAUAAAAUUCUGGAUGGAGAAAUAAAUUUUUUGUUCUUGCCCAAUCUCUACAAUGUUAUCUAAACUAUCCUCCUCCCUCCUCCCUUCUGCCAGGUAAGGAAACUUCAUGUUAGUGGUUUCUUUAGUUAGUACCCCCGUCUUGAAUUUUUAACUAUUAAGAUUACAUGUGACUUAGUGGAUGUUGCAUUAGUUGUAAAAUGCCAUUAUCAGCACUAUUCUGUGAUGUACUAGAGCUUUAAACAAUGAUUUUGUCUAUAGAUGCUAGUGUUGACAGGGCUAAGAGGAGAAAUCACUCACUUUUAUUACUAUUAAUAACUGCAUCCAUUUGAAGUCCUACAGCAGUUGCAGGGGAGAAGAUGUUUUAGAAACACAUGCUAGAACAGAAGGCUCUAAUUGCUCCUUUGGCUUGAUACUGAGGCAGAUAAGCUGUAGCUCUUCGUACCUUUCAGCAGAAAAGAGUGAUUUUUGAAUUAUUGGCUCCUGGUUAUAGCAUUGAGCUGUUAUUAAAAAUAACACCUGAAGAAACCAGUUUAGUUUGAAAGAGAAUAUAUACUUUGAUAAUGAAAAGGAUAUACAAAACAUUUAGCUUUUUAAAUAUAAAAUACAGAGUUAAGUA